AUGUCGGACGCUCAGGAGUUCGUGAAAAGAUGCAAAAAAUGCCAAGAAAAUGCCAACUUUCACAAAGCACCUCCCGAAGAGCUUAGUCUAAUGAUGGCCCCCCGACCUUUCGUCCAAUGGGGAGUCGACCUCUUAGGGCCAUUCCCACCGGGGCCCGGGCAAGUGAAGUACUUAAUAGUGGUCAUAGACUAUUACACCAAAUGGGUGGAAGCAGAACCACUAGCCAGCAUAUCCGCAGCUAAUUGUCAAAAGUUUAUGUGGAAACAAGUGGUCACUAGAUUCGGGAUCCCAGAGAGCGUCAUAUCAGACAACGGGACACAGUUCACCGACAAAAAAUUCAAAGGAUUCCUAGAAGGUCUAAAGAUCAAACAGAAGUUCUCCUCAGUCGAACACCCCCAAACCAACGGCCAGAUCGAAGCAGCCAACAAAGUCAUCCUAAAGGGGCUGAAGAAGCGACUUGAAGGGAAGAAGGGCUCAUGGAUAGACGAGCUAGCCUCAGUCUUGUGGUCGUACAGAACCACCCCCCAAUCAUCUACCGGCGAAACCCCUUCCGACUCACAUACGGGGUCGACGCAGUCAUCCCAGUCAAGGUCGGGAAACCAACCCCAAGGUUACUCCUCGGAGGAGGAAGUGAGGCGAUCGAAAAGGACCUGGCCGAUGAGACGAGGCAAAUGGCACACCUAG